UCAGUUAUUGUUUAAGUCUCGGUGCGUACAGAUCGCGACUAUAAGUUUUAUUACGGUUGUUAAAUAAGUUUUUGUUUAAAUCUAUUGUAUUUUUUAAGUUGUUAUUGAAAAUCAAAAUGAAAUUUUUGAUUUUGUUGUGUGCCCUAGUGGGUGCUAUAACAAUUCAACAGACCUCAGCUGUGGGUAACACACACUUGGUGUGCUACUACGAUGGCAGUUCAUUCAUUCGAGAAGGUCUUGCCAAACUAACUUUAGUCGAUUUGGAACCCGCUUUACAAUUCUGCUCACAUUUGGUUUAUGGUCAUGCCGUCAUCAAUCCCACCUCCAAUAAAUUGGUGGCUAAAAAUGAGAAACUUGAUUUGGAUGUGGGUACCGGUUUGUAUCGUACCGUUACCGGUUUGAAGAAAAAAUAUCCCAACUUGAAGGUGUUGUUGAGUGUGGGCGGUGACAAAGACGAAGUGGACAAAGACGAUAACAAAUAUUUGACUUUGUUGGAGUCCAGCAAUGCUCGUAUACCCUUCAUCAAUAGUGCUCACUCUUUGGUUAAGACCUAUGGCUUUGAUGGUCUUGAUAUUGGCUGGCAAUUCAACAAGAACAAACCCAAGAAGGUGCACAACAGUGUUGGUAAAUUCUGGAAGGGCUUUAAGAAAAUCUUCUCGGGCGAUUCUGUUGUGGACGAGAAGGCUGAAGAACACAAGGAACAAUUUACUGCAUUGAUUAGAGAAUUGAAGAAUGCUUUGCGUCCCGAUGGCUAUUUGUUGGGUGUUUCCGUAUUACCCAAUGUUAACUCUUCAUUGUUCUAUGAUGUGCCCGCCAUUGUCAACAAUUUGGAUUAUGUCAAUCUUAUGGCUUAUGAUUUCGCAACUCCUGAUCGCAACCCCGAGGUGGCUGAUUACCCUGCCCCAAUUUAUGAAUUGAAUGACCGCAAUCCCGAAUUCAAUAUCAACUAUCAAGUGCAAUAUUGGUUGAACAAUCAUUGCCCCGCCACCAAGAUCAAUGUGGGUAUUGCUGCUUAUGGCCGUGCCUGGAAAAUGACUAAAGACUCUGGUCUUACUGGUCUGCCGCCAGUAGCCGAUACCGAUAAGGCUGCACCCGCUGGUGUACAAACCCAAAUUGAAGGUCUCUUGAGCUGGCCUGAGGUAUGUGCUAAAUUGCCCAACCCAGCCAAUCAACACUUGAAGGGUGCUGAUGCUCCUCUACGCAAGGUUGGUGAUCCCACCAAACGUUUCGGCAACUAUGCUUACCGUUCGGCUGAUGACAGUAACGAGAAUGGUAUGUGGGUGGGCUAUGAAGAUCCCGAUUCUGCUGCCAACAAGGCUGCCUAUGUUAAGUCCAAGGGCUUGGGUGGUAUUGCUUUGGUCGAUUUGUCUUUCGAUGAUUUCCGUGGUGCCUGCACUGGUGAUAAAUAUCCCAUUCUGCGUGCCAUCAAAUACAAAUUGCAAUAAGUUAUUAACCAUGUUUUGUUUUAAGAAGAGUGAAGUUGUUUUUUAAAUGUAUUUUUCAAUAAAUUUACCAAAAAUGAAAAAAAUAA